GGAAGUGAUACCAAAGCAACAGAGGGUUUUGUUUUCGAUUUGUGCGAUUAGAUAUCACAUUUCUCAAGCUAUUGUUUAACGUACAGCUUUAUCAGAUAUCCUACAGACAUGGGUGAUUUUCCUGUUAACCCGUUGGUCAUGGUUGGUAUUGGGUCCAGCUUUGCGUUCUCAAGCCUCUUUUAUCAUUUAUACCAAGAAAAGAAGAAAGAGCUGGUCAAACUAAAGGAAAUACCCGUUUUCAAGCCUGAUCGUCAUUUGGUUCAAGUCCUGAAAUCAUCUCAGCAGAAGCGACUCCGAUAUGUGGCUGUGGAAGGUCUGGUCCAGGCUGAUGGGGAGCCUCUGGCCAGCCAGUUUGUCCCACGAAGCUUUGGUGUGAUUCAGAAGAUUUCAGUGGAGGAAACAUGGAAAUACUGGAACUCCCUCACUAGGACAUGGAAUUCUCGGACAAUGAAUAAAAAAGAAACCAACAACUCAGUGCCUUUCAGCCUGGUCAGCCCCGGAGCCUACAUCAAUGACUACUUUGUGAAGGUUCAAAAUCCUCUGCAGGCCUCUGGCGACUUCCUGGAGAGGGUUUAUUUCAAAGUGAGACGUGCUGAGGAGGGCCUGGUGGACGUGGUGGUUCAGGGCCUUAGCGGGGAGAAACCUGUGGCGAUGGAGGAGAGGGAGGAGCUGCUGCGGGUGGGGAGCACCCUGACUGGUUUUGGUGAGGUGGUGCUAGAGGGGGGAAAGACGAUGAGGCUGCAGGCUCCGCAGGAUGGGCGCAAGUUUAUCCUGAUACCCUCUGACCAUAAGAGCUUCAUGGACAGGCAUGAGAGUGCAGCGAGCAUGUGGAAGACACUGAGUGCUGUAACCGGCAUCACUGGAGCAACUAUUCUAGUCAAAGUCCUUUACGACUUGGUAGGAAAACAGGACGACAGGUCAAAGUAGGCUGGAGACAUGAGGCUGCAAGUGGAACAACUUGAAAAGCUGUGUCACAGGUUUAUGGAGCCAAACACUGCCUUGGGAUAUUUAUCUUAUUUCCGAAGCAACACUCUAAGAUAAGUUAAGAUGUUAUGUUGACAGAUUAUUUUUCUUGUCAUGGUUCAGGGUGCAGCAAAGUGUCUUGUAUGGUGACUGUGAGAGUCAAAACACAACCACAUUAGAUGAUAUAAUUUAGAAAUAAAAACAGAAUAAUAGAAGUUGUGAAAUUUUACAUAAUACUGGUAACAGCCACAAACCCAUAUCAUUAUUCAAGAGAAACAGUCAGUAGUUUUAUUUGUAGGUCUGUUAAAAUAACCACCAAUUCUGUGAAUAAUCACAGAUGAAAAGAAAAAGGGAAAAAAAAAGGGCAGAUUAAUCACACUGGUGUAACAACCGCCCACAGUAGUUUUUAAACUCGAAAAUUUCACAGGCUUUUUUUAUUUUCUUACUUUAUCCAGCUGAGAGAACAUCACCAUCAAGUAUCACUUAAUAAUUCGACAGUCUGUCCUUAAUCUCUGCUCCUCCCUCUCCUCUACAGAGAAAGAUACAAACGCAGACCUGCUGAUACUCUAUAUCUAAACCAGGGGUGUCAAACUCAAUCACAGCAGGGGCUGGAUUCUGGAUUCAGGUCUAACCUGAGGGCCUAACAGGGUCACCUUUUUAACCAUAAA